AUGGGUUUCCAUUGCAACUCAUCAACAAUUUCUCAUCUUCAUUUUUCAAUAUUAUUCUUUCAAAUCAUCACGAUACUGUUAAUUCUUCCUAAACCUAAAAAUUCGAUCUCCUCUAACUUCCCAAAUUUCGCAAAGAAUGAUCCACGAAUAAAUUUCCAAGGAGAUUCAAUCAGGAACGGUAGCUUCAUUGAAGUCACCAGGAACAACGCUAGUCUUUACACUAAUCCUGGUGGUAGUGUAGGUCGUGCCAUUUACUCAGAAGCUAUACAGCUUUGGGAUGCAACCACUGGAAGGAUGACAGAUUUUGAUACACACUUCUCAUUCAUCAUUGAUGCACAUAAUGCGACUGCUGCUGGUGAUGGUAUGGCUUUUUUUCUUGCACCUUUUGGGUCUGUACUUCCUCCAGAUUCUGGCGGGGGAGCUCUUGGCUUAUUGACUCGAAACGUAUCUGAAAACAAUUUGGAGACAAGUCAAAUUGUUGCGGUUGAGUUCGACAGUUAUAAAAACCCAUUUGACCCAAGUUCAUAUUGGUAG